GAUUUCAUCAUCAUCAUCUCCGAUCUCCUCCGAUCUUGUUCCAAAUCUCUCCGGUGAAAAGACGAUGUACGUAAGAGCACUUCCGACGACGGAUGUGAAUCGAAACACAGAGUGGUUCACAUAUCCAGGUGUUUGGACUACUUAUAUUCUCAUCCUCUUCUUCUCUUGGCUCCUUGUUCUCUCCGUCUUCCAUUGUUCUCCUGGCAUCGCUUGGACCAUUGUUCAUCUCGCUCAUUUCACCGUCACGUAUCAUUCGUUUCAUUGGAAGAAGGGAACACCGUUUGGUGAUGAUCAAGGAAUCUAUAAUAGAUUGACUUGGUGGGAACAGAUUGAUAAUGGCAAACAGCUUACACGUAAUCGCAAAUUUCUCACCGUUGUUCCUGUUGUCUUGUACUUGAUAGCUUCUCACACAACAGACUAUCAGCACCCGAUGCUCUUUCUCAACACACUGGCUGUAUUUGUCAUGGUGGUUGCGAAAUUCCCGCACAUGCACAAGGUCCGCAUAUUUGGAAUCAAUGGAGAUCAAUGAAAAACUUGAGAAAACAAAGAAAAAGGUUUGUGUAUAAUGCGAAUCAAGUAUUUGGAAUGUGGAAUCCAACAACAAAUGCCAUCGUCAUUCAACAUGUCUGUACUAUACAGACAUUGAAUCCCAACCGGAGAAAAAAAAUGUGUUAUUUGGUCACAUCCCAUCAUCGCUUAUUCAAACCUUUCUACUCUUUGUUUGGGGCUUCUAAUCAAUUCAUAUUUGAUCU